AUGGCUGUCCUCAGCAACGACAAAAGAUGGCUUGUGACUCUUUUCGCUUCAAAUAAGGUCGUAGUUCCAGUUUUACAGGAUAUCGUGAAACAAGGAAUGGACAAGCUGUAUGCUUUCCUAGAUAAUCACCUGAAUGGCUUAGUGACACCUUUCAGUCUACAAACACUGACCUAUGCUAAUGUAUGCCAUCUGGCAGCCACUCCAAGUCCUGCUUCUUCGCUUAAAGACCUAAAUUUCGGAAAUAUUAACAACAAUUCUGGUGUUCAUGGAAAGAACAAAAAGAUCUACAACUACAAUGUAAACAGCUCAGUUGAUCUUGCCAAGCUUUAUCUCCCAGACUACCUGGCAGAAUUCUCGGCAUUCGACAAAUCUAUGGAUUUGAGUGCCGCUCUUAGACUAUUGGGAUGCAACAAGUAUCCCAUACAAAUAUUCGUUUCUUCCGAUCCUUCGCACGAUAUUCAGUCGUUGGCAGAUGAUGUCAGAGAGAAUGUUAGGAAUCGGGGAAGUCAUUUUAAAGAGAGCGACUGGACCCAAAUCUUCUUUGACCAGUGCUUUGACAAGUUAAAGGUUCUGCUCGAAAACCUGCCCUUGCUUCCCAUCAAAAAAAAGGAGCUUUUGGAUCAACUUUCCGCAUGGAAAACAGAAGGUUUCAAGCAGAUAGUUGACAAUGACGUCAAAGAUCUACUGGAAAAAUUCCAAAACGUCAAACUCGCUUCAAUUAAUGACAAAUUGGACGACAUGCCAACUAGGGAGGAGAACGAAAGAGUGACAGAAGAGCUGUCUUCCUUUCACACCAGAAUGAUAGAUAGAUUUUAUAGAGUGAAAUCCUUACUUCGAAAAGUUGAUCACAAGCUAGACGGUAAGUUUGAAAACAACGACUAG